UUCCCCUUUGCCUUCUCCUGUCUACAAUCCAUAAGAAGGAGCAGAAGAAAUAAAAGGCAUCCCCCGGAGCUGAGCCAGUCCCUCUCAGGAUCGGAGGAAAUUAACAACCUGCUCCAUCUAGGGGAAUCCUGCCACUCUCUCUCACUCCUAUCUCCAGCUGCAGCCUUCCAGGGGAAUGGAUCUGUGGACACUUUCAUUCAGGAUCUUGCUCUUCCCUUCUUCCACCUUGGUCUUCUGCUCUGAUCUCUAUCAGUCUGAAUGCUACACUGUGAAUGGGGCUGAUUACCGAGGGACACAGAGCGAGACAUCCUUGGACUGUGGGAAGCCUUGCCUAUACUGGAACGAGACCUUUCAGCAUCCAUACAACACUUUGAAAUACCCCAAUGGAGACGGAGGUUUGGGAGAUCACAAUUACUGCAGGAACCCAGAUGGUGAUAUCAGUCCCUGGUGUUACAUAGCCGAGCAUGAGGAUGGAGUGUACUGGAAAUACUGUGACAUUCCAACCUGCAGAAUGCCUGGGAAUCUGGGAUGCUUCAAAGACCAUGGAAAUCCACCUCCUUUGACUGGCAUGAGUGAGACGUCCAAUAAACAGACAAUACAAUCUUGUAUUACCAUGUGCCGGAGACAGAAAUACAAGUUUGCUGGAUUGGAGUCGGGGUUUGCAUGCUUUUGUGGAAACAAUGGAGACUACAGAAAGCAUGGAGAAACACCAAGCACCGAUUGUAACAGCGUCUGUUUUGGAGAUCACACACAAUCAUGUGGAGGAGAUGGACGAAUUAUCCUGUUUGAUUCUGUGAUUGGAGCCUGUGGUGGAAAUUUUACCAAGGAUGUUGCUGUUAUUUACUCUCCGGAUUUUCCAGACUCGUAUGGAUCAGGAAAAGCCUGUUAUUGGACUAUUCAAGUGCCAGGAGCUUCUUCGAUCCAAUUUAACUUCCCCUUCUUUGACAUAAAAGACUCCAGAGAUAUGGUGGAGCUUUUGGAUGGUUACACAAAGCAAGUGUUGGUGCGUUAUGAUGGCAGGAACCAUCCUAUAAACAGUUUCAACAUCUCAUCAGAUUUUGUCAUCUUGUAUUUCUUCUCUGAUCGAGUUAAUCAGGCCCAGGGAUUUGCAAUUGUGUACCAAGCAUUCAAAGAAAGAACUGUGGAGAAACCUCAGUUAUCCAACCAGACACAGACAGAGCUGAUAACUCAGACAGCCAACCUCAGUAUCAAUGCAGCACGGUCUUCAAAGAUCCUUUAUGUCAUAACAACCAGUCCUAGUCAGCCAACUGGUCAAGUGCCAGGCUGGACAGUUUAUGCACUUACAGCUCUUCUUAUUUUGACCAUCAUUGCUAUUUUGGUAAAAGCGCUUCUUCACCUAAAUAUGAAGUCUCAGAGACUGGCAUCACCAACCGGUCUGGACAGCUGCCCCCGAGGAUCUGCAGGAGAAAUAUGGAGCAUAUUCUACAAACCUUCCACAUCCAUCUACAUUUUUCCAAAGAAGAUUAAAAGUCCACAUGAUGAUCGUAACCCAUUAGUAGGCGAAUAAUUUGCACUUUAGUCAAGACAUUAAGAGCUGCAGAUGAACAUUUGGAGUUUUCUGUCAUCUCUGUUUAAUCAAUCCAUAUUUAUGAUGCUCUGAAAUGGACUUUAAUCUACGAGGGCUUCCAGCAGAACUCAGAGAAUAGACCUGCAACUGUUCAAAGUCCAUAUAGUCACACGGCUUCUGCAACUAGAACGUACAGUGGAAGCUUGCCAUAGACCUACUGUAUAGCUAAUUGUUAUCAGUUUCAGGUCAGACAGAGAGAGCAGGUGGUUCUGGUGGAAUGGAAAGAACCACAGCUAAUUGCUGCAGGCGUUACAUACAAUCACCCUAACUCUGCAAAGCAGGGUAUCCCAUUUUGGAAAGGGACAUCUGAUUUUAGUUCAGCUCCUCCUUAUUUUUUAAAUAUAUUUAUGAACUUAAGACUUAAAUAUGGAGCACCGGAAAUAAUCUGGUUUUCUGACUGCAAUUGCAGUAAUGAUGGAUUUUGUACUGUGUAUAUUUUUCCAUUAAAAUAACUUCUGCACACCAUAAAUCAAAGUUGGACCCAUCCUAUUAUGAGCCAAACAAGAGCAGUUUUCAAACAUUCUAUAGUUUACAUUAAUUGUUGCACAGAAUGAAUGGAUACUGUACAUGGGACUGUUGCCUACAACAUUAAUGGGUGUUUUGAAUGCCUUCUUCUUUUUAUUUUUAUUUCUAAAAGGUGCAUGAAUUGAGUAUUAAUGCUUAUGGGGCCAUAACCUAAAUCAUCAUAGGAACACGCACCCGUAUUUGGGUUCAGAAGUAAAAGUUACAUUCUGUAUCAUUGUCUUCCUUGGAAGUGUCUGCCAACUUUAUGUAUAAAUAAUUUAUUUUUUCUUUAAA